AUGGCGGUCGAUAUGGCCGCUCUAGUGGUCGACGAUUUUUCUCCUCUCGGCUCGCUGACGCCCGAAAAGCAGGAGACAGCAGCAUGUGUGGCGGUGCUGGCGGCGCUGAGGGGAUUCCCCUCGUCUCUGGUGAGAAUCCGCCUGGCCAACGAGAGGGGCGUGCUGGGGGCGCGUGCCAGCCUCGUGGCAGAGCCGCCUCACCAGCUGCCCUACAACAUCCAGGCGGAAGCAGCUACACUGCUGCCGCUCAUUGCCACCACGGCCCUCCUGCGCCACUUCACAGAGCGCCACGAGUCAUCGCGCACCCGUGCCGCCAUGCUCUGCACAUCACUCCCGGAGCCGCCCGGCCUGCCGUUGCAGCAGCAGCACACGAGCCAGUGCCUGCAGGCCCUCGCCCAGGCCAUCCGUGUGUUCCUUGAUAACACAGCCAUGCUGCUAUGCAAGCUGGAGAGCCAGUGUGAGAGCCACGGCAUAAGGCUGCUGGAGCUCAAGCGGUGCAUUCAGCCUGUAGCAGACGGAAUGAGGGUUCUGGAGCCCUUCGUGAGAGGAGUGGAGGAUGAAGGGUGGGGAUCCACCGAGGUUCUUGACAUGCUGCAUGCAGCGUCCACCCGACCAGAUGUGAGGGAGGCGGAGGGCCUCAUUCGCUUUGUGCUGCAAGCCUCUUGCGCCCCCUACCUUCACCUCCUCUCCUCGUGGAUGCAGGAGGGCAGUCUGGAAGACGACAUUCACGGCGAGUUCUUCAUUUCCUCAUGCACCACUGCUUCUGCAGAUGCACACACAGCUACCACUGAUGCUGAUGCUGAACCCACCAAUUCCACCGCGCCUGCCACGGGGCAAGGGGAAUGGCGGGGUGCAGAGGGGUGGGAAGGGGCGAAAGUGGAAGGGCAGCGGUUUGUAGUGCGGUGCGAUGCGGUGCCGGUGCUGUUCCGGUCGGUGGCUGACGAUGUGCUGGCCACGGGGCAGCUGGUGCAUGCGCUGAGGGAGCAUGGGUACUUGAAGCAGCUGAUACCCUCGGAGAAAGAGGUGGAGCAGCCACGGAUGCAGCUGGGCAGUCUAGAGGAGAGCGUGGGUGCACGCACGCAGGCAGUGCAGCAGACGAUGAUAGACCUCACGUUGAACAAGAGCCACCUUCUUGGGCAUUUACUUACCAUCAGACGAGUGCUCCUGCUCUCCCAGGCGGAUUUCCUGUCGGACUUCAUGGCGCUGGCAGGCGAGGAGCUCUGCAAACCGGCCAGCAGGGCGUCUCAGGCUCGCAUUGAUCUCUCUCUAGGCGCCUCCCUCCGCUCUUCCACUGCAGCCUCAGACCCCAACUGCGACCGCCUCUCCGCACGCCUGGUGCUUGCUGACUCACCCAGUCCCUCCCACACAUCACUUCAACAACAACCCCUGCAUUCACAAUCACCGCACUCACAGCCCACACCAGCACAGCCACCACAGUCACAUCUGCAGCAGUCGCGGGAGAGCAUGGACGGUGCAGAUCUGCUGAGCAGUCUGCAGGCCUACGAGGAGUAUGAGGACCUGCUGGGUGAUGAUGCACAUGGUGACUCUCUUGCUGCUCAUGCUGCUGCUGCUGCUGCUGCUGGCGGUGGUGAGGGGGAUGACAGGCACCUGUACAGCAACCCUCUGUCGCUGCUGCCCCAGGUCACCCCUGUUCGGCCAAUCAGCCCUGCAGCUGUAGCGGCAGCGCAGGCACCAAGGGGGGAACGGGCUGAACGGAGGGGAGUUUCAGGGGAGAGCGGAUGGGAGGCUAUCUACAUCGACUACCAGGCGCCCUGGCCAGUAUCUGCGGUGGUGCCCCCAGCCGCCCUGCAGGGUUACAACCGCCUCUUCCGCUUCCUGCUUGCCGCCAGGCGAACCCACCUGCACCUCGCCCUCGCAUGGUCCGCCCUGCAGCUGACGCGGGGACUGAAGGUGGAGGGGACAAUGCUGCAGCGCGUGCACUGGCUGCGGCAUCGCAUGGCGUGUGCUGUCACUGCCAUCCUCGACCACGUCGCACAUGCGGUGAUAAGCCCCAACUUCGAUCUCAUGACAUCCAGACUGACCAAGGCUACGUCCUUCCACCAGCUUGUGAUGGAGCACCAAUCGUUUCUUAACACGUGUCUCUCAGAGGGGCUACUGGAUUCCUGCCCGCAAAUCCGAGAGAAGCUUUCCUCCCUCCUCUCCAUCUCGCUUCGCUUCGCCACCACAGUCAGCACCACCAUCCACACAGCCUCUUCUCUCCCGGGUCUUGAUUCGUCAUCUUCAUCAGCAGCAGCAGGAGGAGGAGGAGGAUGGGGAGGAGGAAGGGGGGGUUAUGGGGUGGAGGGUAGAAUCAGUGGAGGCGAGCUGGCUGAUUAUGCGUACGGCGAUGCCACAUCAGAUGCCAAGGGACGGGCGGCGCGGGCGGCAUUCCGUCGGCGGUUAGCGGCGGAGGAGCUACAGCGGGGUUUGGAGGGCGAGGGGUUUGUUGAAGAGAUGAGGUUUGUGUGGGGAAAGGGGGUUGGGGAAGGAGGGGAAGGGGGCGCCAUGCAGACGGCCUUCGCAGCCUCUCUCCGGGCCACCACUGCUACCAUCGCAUCUGCCCUGCGAGACCAUCCUGUGCUGCUCUCACUGCACCUCGCCCUCACCGCCGUUGCCAAAGGCCUUCCUUAG